GAGUUAACCCAUGAACAACAAAGACGAAAUAAUACUAAAGCUGACUUGAAUUUGAUGACUAUAGCUUAUAAUAAUGAAGUAAAAGAACGCCGUCGCUGGUGGUUCUCAUAUCGUGAAAAAAAUAGACGGGUUACUAAAUUAAUUCAAGAAAAAUUUGCUAUACAAUUAUUAUUAAAACA